AUUAGUGCGUAGCCCGUGUACAUGUACAUGUAGAUGUAGACCUCAGCGCGGAUACUAAUUGGCGGUGGUGGAUGGACUGCUGCGGUCAGCGCGUGCCCGUCGGAUCCGCCGUGAAUCUGCAGGCGGGCACCCGGAUGUGGCGAACAUGUUCGGCGCUCCUCUCGGGGUUUUGUGCUCGGGAAAAUUAUUUUACAAUUCAGGUUGACGGCUCGCUUCGGGCGCGCGCUUCGACACCUUUUGGUGUUUUCUCCUCCCAACGAUGAGUUGGAUCUAAGGAGGACCGUUUCAAUGUGGAUUCGAGGAUGCAAGAAGCAGAUGAACAGUCUGAAGGGGCACAGUAUGCCAGCAACAAAAGGACCACUCCCCCCGGUGACACUUCAGCACUCUGGUCAGAAAGCCAAACCCGUCUGCAUCAGCUGCAUCCUCCUGAGGCCCUGCAUGCCCCCCCCAGCGCUGGCAAGCCCGUCGGCUCCUCUUGUGGUCUCUUUGGGGCCAACAGCGGCAUCCAGGACUCAAGUGGCCCCGAUUCCGGUGUCAGUCCGGUCCUCGCUUGGCACGCCGCCGUUAGUGCGGCUCGCCAAGCCCAGGACGAUGUCGAAAAGCCCGACAUGAGGACGCAGCCGACCGCGGUUUGCACCACGGGACCAGCGCCCGUGGGCUCACUGGCGCAGAGGAAGAGGCAGCAGUACGCCAAAAGCAAAAAGCAGGGAGGAUCCACCAGCAGCAGGCCACCCAGGGCUCUGUUCUGCCUCACCCUCAACAACCCCAUCCGCAGGGCCUGCAUCAGCCUGGUGGAGUGGAAACCGUUUGAUAUCUUUAUACUGCUUUCUAUUUUUGCCAACUGUGUGGCCUUAGCCAUCUACAUCCCCUUCCCCGGAGAUGACUCCAACUCUACCAACCAAGAACUGGAAACAGUGGAAUAUGCCUUUCUGAUCAUUUUCACUAUAGAGACAUUUCUGAAGAUCAUCGCUUACGGUCUGGUCAUGCACCAAAACUCCUACGUGAGAAACGGCUGGAACAUGCUGGACUUUGUCAUCGUCAUAGUAGGUCUGUUCAGUGUAGUCCUGGAGAUGAUAACCAAAGACGCUGACUCUGGCGGCCAGUCUGGAGGCAAACCUGGGGGGUUUGAUGUCAAGGCCCUUCGAGCUUUUCGAGUGCUUCGACCGCUUCGCCUUGUCUCUGGAGUUCCUAGUUUACAGGUGGUUUUAAACUCCAUUAUUAAAGCAAUGGUUCCCCUGCUUCACAUUGCUCUGCUGGUCCUCUUUGUCAUUAUCAUCUACGCCAUCAUCGGCCUGGAGCUCUUCAUUGGCAAAAUGCAUGCAACCUGUAUGAUGCAAACAGGCGCCCUCGCAGAAGAAGAGGCCACGCCAUGUGCGGUUUCAGGGCACGGCCGUCAUUGCCUGCUCAAUGGUACAUCUUGCAGAGAGGGAUGGCAAGGACCCAACAACGGCAUAACCAACUUUGACAAUUUUCUGUUUGCCAUGCUCACUGUGUUCCAGUGCAUCACCAUGGAGGGCUGGACUGACGUUCUCUACUGGAUGAAUGAUGCAAUGGGCUUUGAACUGCCCUGGGUCUACUUUGUCAGUCUGGUCAUCUUUGGAUCCUUCUUUGUUCUCAACUUGGUUUUGGGUGUGUUGAGCGGAGAGUUUUCCAAAGAGCGAGAGAAGGCCAAGGCUCGGGGAGACUUCCAGAAGCUACGGGAGAAGCAGCAGUUGGAGGAGGACCUGAAAGGCUACCUGGACUGGAUCACCCAGGCGGAGGACAUCGACCCCGAGAACGAGGAGGAGGGGGACGAGGAGGGCAAGCGUAACCGGGUCACUCUGGCUGACCUCACUGAGAAGAAGAAAGGAAAGUUUGGCUGGUUCACUCAGUCCACAGAGACACAGGCGAGUAUGCCCAGCGAGACCGAGUCUGCAAACACAGAGAAUCACAACGGAGAGGAAAAUAAAUCCCCCUGCUGUGGGCCGCUAUGUCAAAAAAUUACUAAGUCAAAGUGCAGCCGUCAGUGGCGAAGGUGGAACCGGUUCUGCCGCAGAAAGUGUCGCGCAGCUGUGAAGUCCGUGACGUUUUAUUGGCUCGUCAUCAUCUUGGUGUUCCUCAACACACUGACCAUUGCUUCUGAGCACUACAACCAGCCGGACUGGCUGACCACAGUACAGGACGUGGCCAACAAAGUUCUCUUGGCGAUGUUCACCUUGGAGAUGCUAGUGAAGAUGUACAGUUUGGGGCUGCAGGCCUACUUUGUGUCGCUGUUUAACCGCUUUGACUGCUUCGUGGUGUGCGGGGGCAUCGUGGAGACCAUCCUGGUGGAGCUGGCCAUCAUGUCUCCGCUGGGCAUCUCUGUUUUCCGAUGCGUGCGGCUCCUCAGGAUCUUCAAGGUCACACGUCAUUGGGCGUCUCUUAGUAACCUGGUGGCCUCUCUGCUCAACUCCAUGAAGUCCAUCGCCUCCCUGUUGCUGCUGCUCUUCCUCUUCAUCAUUAUUUUCUCCUUGCUCGGCAUGCAGCUUUUUGGGGGCAAGUUCAACUUUGACGAGACUGUGACGAAAAGGAGCACGUUUGAUAACUUCCCCCAGGCCCUGCUCACAGUGUUCCAGAUCUUGACAGGAGAAGACUGGAACACCGUGAUGUAUGACGGUAUCAUGGCGUAUGGCGGUCCGGCCUCCUCUGGAAUGGUGGUCUGCAUUUACUUCAUCAUCCUUUUCAUCUGUGGAAACUACAUCCUGCUAAACGUCUUCUUGGCCAUCGCCGUUGACAACCUGGCCGACGCCGAGAGCCUCAACACAGCGCAGAAGGAGGAAGAGGAGGCCAAGAAGAGAAAGAAUAGUGUCAAGGACACAAGCACGGAUGCGAAGAGAGUUGAAAUAAUAGACGUCAAGGACGGAGAGACCAAGGCGACAGCAGAGGUUCUGCUGGAGGAAGACAAGGUGUCAUACCCGGCCAUUGACUCUCCAGCUUGUGAUGACGACGACAACGGUGGCGUUGUCCCAGAGGUCCCGCCAGGGUCGCAUCAUCUAAGGCUGUCUGAACUCAGCAUCAAAGAAAAGACUCCGCCCAUCCCGCUGGGCAGCGCCUUCUUCAUCUUCAGCAGCACCAACCCGUUCCGUGUGUUCUGCCACAAACUGAUCAACCAUCAGAUCUUCACCAACCUAAUCCUGGUUUUCAUAAUGCUCAGCUCAAUCUCUCUGGCUGCCGAGGACCCAAUACGCAACUUCUCUGCUCGUAAUAUCAUACUUGGUUAUUUUGACUAUGCUUUCACCGCAAUCUUUACUGUUGAGAUCCUGUUCAAGAUCCUAGGCUAUGCAGACUAUGUCUUCACUAGUAUUUUUACUUUUGAGAUCCUUAUUAAGAUGACAGCGUUUGGAGCCUUUCUCCAUAAAGGGGCGUUUUGCAGAAACUACUUCAACCUGUUAGACCUGCUGGUGGUUGGUGUGUCUCUGGUCUCCUUUGGCAUCCAGUCCUCUGCUAUUUCAGUGGUGAAAAUUCUCCGUGUUCUGAGAGUCCUGCGCCCGCUCAGGGCCAUCAACAGAGCCAAAGGACUAAAGCAUGUGGUCCAGUGUGUGUUUGUUGCCAUCAGGACCAUCGGCAACAUCAUGAUCGUCACCACGCUGCUGCAGUUCAUGUUCGCUUGCAUCGGAGUGCAGCUCUUCAAGGGGAAGUUUUAUCGCUGCACAGAUGACGCCAAGUCCAGUCCAGAUGACUGCAAAGGUACCUACAUUCUCUACAACAACGGGGACACAGCGCUGCCCAUGGUGAAAGAGAGGAUCUGGUACAACAGUGACUUCAACUUUGACAACGUCCUCAUGGCCAUGAUGGCUCUUUUCACCGUCUCCACAUUUGAAGGGUGGCCCACUCUGCUCUACAAGGCCAUCGACUCUAACAGAGAGAACAUGGGUCCCAUCUACAACUACCGCAUCGAGAUCUCCAUCUUCUUCAUCAUCUACAUCAUCAUCAUUGCCUUCUUCAUGAUGAACAUCUUCGUCGGUUUCGUUAUCGUCACCUUUCAGGAGCAAGGGGAGAAGGAGUACCAGAACUGUGAGCUGGACAAGAACCAGCGCCAGUGCGUGGAAUAUGCGCUUAAAGCUCGUCCUCUGCGGCGCUACAUCCCCAAAAACCCUUACCAGUACAAGUUCUGGUAUGUGGUCAACUCUACUGGUUUUGAGUACGUCAUGUUUGUACUGAUCAUCCUCAACACCUUGUGUCUGGCCAUUCAGCACCACGGUCAGUCUCAUCUGUUUAACUAUGCCAUGGACAUCCUCAACAUGGUCUUCACUGGGGUUUUCACGGUGGAGAUGAUCCUCAAGCUCAUUGCCUUCAAACCCAGAGGCUAUGUUGGAGACGCCUGGAACGUCUUCGAUGCCCUGGUCGUGAUUGGCAGUGUGGUCGACAUCAUACUGAGCCAGAACUAUUUUGCUGAUGCAUGGAACACGUUUGAUGCCUUAAUUGUUGUGGGUAGCGUGGUUGACAUUGCCAUCACUGAGGUUAAUUCAGCAGCCAUUCCCGUCGUCAAGGUGAUAGUGGAGGCAGGGAACACGGAGGACAGCGCUCGCAUCUCCAUCACCUUUUUCCGCCUGUUCAGAGUAAUGCGGUUGGUCAAACUUCUGAGCAGGGGGGAGGGCAUCCGGACUCUGCUGUGGACCUUCAUCAAGUCUUUCCAGGCUCUUCCCUACGUUGCACUCCUGAUAGCCAUGCUGUUCUUCAUCUAUGCUGUGAUUGGGAUGCAGGUGUUUGGCAAAAUAGCCAUGGUGGACGGAACUCAAAUCAACCGCAACAACAACUUUCAGACCUUUCCUCAGGCCGUCCUGAUGCUCUUCAGGUGUGCCACAGGUGAAGCCUGGCAGGAGAUCAUGCUGGCCUGCCUGCCGGGGAAGCUGUGCGAUCCAGAGUCGGACUACAACCCCGGAGAGGAGAGAACCUGCGGCAGCGGCUUCGCCAUUAUCUACUUCAUCAGCUUCUAUAUGCUCUGUGCUUUCCUGAUCAUCAACCUGUUUGUUGCUGUCAUCAUGGAUAACUUUGACUAUCUGACCCGGGAUUGGUCCAUUCUUGGUCCGCAUCACCUGGAUGAGUUUAAAAGAAUCUGGUCCGAAUACGACCCUGAAGCCAAAGGCCGGAUAAAGCAUCUCGAUGUGGUGACUCUGCUGAGGAGGAUCCAGCCUCCGCUGGGCUUUGGCAAGCUCUGCCCUCACAGGGUGGCCUGCAAGCGUCUGGUGGCAAUGAACAUGCCCCUCAACAGUGAUGGGACAGUCAUGUUUAAUGCCACCUUGUUCGCUCUGGUCCGCACUGCUCUCAAGAUUAAGACUGAGGGUAAUCUGGAACAAGCCAAUGAGGAGCUUAGAGCUGUGAUUAAGAAGAUUUGGAAGAGGACAAGCAUGAAGCUGCUGGACCAGGUGGUGCCUCCUGCAGGCGAUGACGAGGUAACAGUGGGGAAGUUCUAUGCCACCUUCCUGAUACAGGACUACUUCAGGAAGUUCAAGAGGCGCAAAGAGCAAGGUCUUGUAGGAAUGCGCUCGUGGGAGAGGCUGAACACAACCAUGGCUCUACAGGCCGGCCUGCGCACGCUGCAUGACAUUGGACCAGAGAUCCGUCGAGCCAUAUCAUGCGACCUGCAGGAGGCGGGGCUAGUAGAUGACAAUGGAGAGGAAGAAGAGGAUAUCUACAGGCGUAACGGCAGCCUUUUUGGAAACCACGUCAGUGCUGACCAGCAGGGCUGCUUCCACCCGACCACCGCCACCCAACGGCCGCUUCAGAUCCUGCCCUUCUCCUGCAGUGCCUCAGCCCGACCCGCCCCGACGGGCAGCAGAGCCAAAGACGCCGACGCAGAGGCCAACUCUUCCCCCAUCCGGUACAACCGCCAUCACCACACCCCCCACGACCCUCACUGCGUGCCCACCUUUCAUAAAUCACCGAUACCCUCCAACGCCAACCUCAACAAUGCCAACGUGCCCUCACUCCUCUCCGUGACCAAUGGGAGGCUGCAGAAGCGCUCGUUAAGGGGAGGCCGUGCGUCCUCCGCCAAAAACGGAUCCUCGGCGGCCGCUUCCAGCAAAGGAGCACACGACAAGCCGUGGAAGUCCCACUCCUCGAGGACACGUUACUAUGAGGCCUACAUUAGGUCAGAAAGCGGCGAUGGGCUCUGUUCCACCAUCCGUACAGAGGAGCCGGGGGACGGAGACAGCGAGGACGGGCGAGGCUCGGGGGAGUACUACAGCGGGGAGGAGUUUCAGGAAGACGACAUCAUGCUGGCACAGGAGCCGUACUGUGACGCCAGCAGCAGCUGCCAGCCGGAUGUGAUGCCGUCCAAAAAAGCCCACCGUGAUGCGGAGGGAGACUUUGACCUCGGGGUUUCCAGGAGCAACCACCAGCUUGACGGUUACUAUGACGACGACCAGCAGCCGAUCUGCCGAGUUGGCAGCCGGUCGCCCAGGAGGUGGCUUUUACCCUCACCUCAAGCUUCCAACAAAUCGACGUUCAAUUUUGAGUGUCUUCGCAGAAGAAGUAGUCAGGAGGACGCCCCUCUGUCUCCAUCCUGCACAGCUCUUCCACUACACCUGGUGCAGCAGCAGGUGAUGGCGGUGGCUGGUUUCGAUGCGAGCAGAAUCCACCGUUUGUCUCCUACGCGGUCGCUCCGCUCCUGGGUCACGCCUCCCGCCUCACCCAUCGCCCGCGACUGCUCUACCUGCUACACCCCACUCAUACAGGUGGACUGGCACAGACCCGGCAGCGUCUGCAGCAUCCCCGGAGCGGUGAAGAGGAGUUCGUGGUAUUCAGACGGGCCCCUCAGCCGCAGCCCCUCUCCGUCACGCCUGAAGUUACCCGCUGAAUGCUGCCCACACAUUCUGCAGAAGAGAGGCAGCGCCAACAGUGUGGUGGAGGCUGUGCUGAUCUCUGAGGGUCUGGGGAAAUACGCCAGGGACCCCAACUUCGUGACAGCGACCAAAAACGAAAUCGCAGACGCCUGCGAGAUGACCAUCGACGAGAUGGAGAGCGCCGCCAGCAACCUGCUGAACGGCAGUCUGGACAACGGCAACCCCGGGGCAGCGGGGGGCGCCGCCUCGGACCCGCGGGCCACCGCGCACGUUAGGGACAGCAGCAUCCGCGACUACAGCGACGAGGAGCCCUACGUGACUCUGAAAUGCGAGGAGGACCUUGCAGACGAGAUGAUAUGCAUCACGUCGCUAUAGCAGCGGCUCACGCGGGAUCAUUUAGUUUUUUUCAAUUGAAACUUCGACUUCGCUGUUCAGGGGCAUCCUGCAGGAGACGGAACACGUAGAACACCGAUGGACAAGAGAGCAAAGUGCCUUGUUUUCUCUUUCUGUGCAGAAUUGUAGGAGCUACGGAGAAAAAAAAACAGAUACAAAAGUGCUGAGAUGAAUUCAGCAAACGUUGAGACCAGCCUGCCUGUCAUUUAGCAGGGGUUCAGGACACCCCCCCAAAGGGUGUUUUUUAUUUCCUUCAUUAGCGUCUCUCUACAUCCAGCGAGGAUCAAGUCCAGCUGCCCAAUGCCGGACAGUUUGGUAAAAUACUGACAUGGUUAUUCAUA